AUGGCGGAACGAAAUACCUCGACGACAAGCCUCAAGCCUGCCUCAUCUCCGACAGUCGAACGCGACUUGAAGGCGGUCACCGCGGUGCCAGAUCAUACCUCCUGGUGGAACUUGACCACCUCGGAAUGGCACAUCUUGUUUGCAUCUACGUGUCUCAAGAUGCUGCUGUACCCAGCAUACCGCUCGACAGACUUCGAGGUCCACAGAAAUUGGUUAGCCAUCACCCAUUCAUUACCGAUAUCAGAAUGGUACUACGACGCAACUUCUGAAUGGACGCUCGACUAUCCUCCAUUCUUUGCGUACUUCGAAAAGGUUCUUUCAAUACCGGCGUAUUUCAUUGACCCAAGAAUUGUCGACCUCAAGAAUCUCAACUAUGACGCGUGGUCGGUCGUAGCGUAUCAACGAACCACAGUUAUAAUUACGGAAUUAGUUCUGGGCGCCGUACUCGUGAGAUUUAUCCGCAAUUCUGUCGAUACUCCUUCGCAACGCAUCAUAUCGGCCUCACUGUUUCUUCACCCCGGUUUCCUUAUCGUGGAUCACAUACAUUUCCAGUACAACGGCUUCAUGUUCGGCAUACUUCUUUGGUCGAUUCUGAUGGCGAGAGAGGGCAGGAAACUAGCUAGUGGGAUCAUAUUUGCCGUGCUACUCAACUUCAAGCACAUCUACAUGUAUCUUGCCCCCGCUUACUUUGUUUUUCUUCUGCGUUCCUUCUGUAUCUCGCCUUCGGGUCAAGUUCAGAUCAAGAACUUUCUCUCCCUAGCGAAUGCCGUGAUCGCUGUGUUUCUCCUGUCAUUAGGACCAUUUGUCCUGCUAGGCCAGGUUCCGCAGCUUCUCUCUAGACUCUUCCCGUUUACCCGCGGGUUGAAUCAUGCGUAUUGGGCUCCGAACUUCUGGGCGCUGGUCACUGCUGCCGACCGUGUACUUCUCCGAUAUGUCACACGAACUGGUGCUAAUGUCGCCGUCAAUGUUGCCGGUGUGUCUUCAACGUCCAGGGGCCUGGUAGGCGAUACAGUCUUCGCUGUUGUCCCUACCGUCCUGCCGAUACAUACAUUCGCCAUUACGAUUGGCUUUCAAACGAUUAUCCUGGUUAAGUUAUGGAUGAACCCGACAUACAAGUCGUUCCUGACAGCUCUGACGCUGUGUGGGUAUGCAUCAUUCUUGUUCGGAUGGCACGUCCACGAAAAGGCGGUCCUGCUUGUUCUUGUGCCGCUAAGCUUGCUCGCAGCUGAAAGGCAAGCCUACUUCCGGACUUAUAUCCUCGCAAGUGUUGCGGGCAUAUUCUCCUUAUUCCCCCUGAUUUUUACACCCGCCGAAUCGGUUGUGAAAGUCAUUUAUUCUGCGAUCUGGCUUGCUUUCGUUUACAAGUCGCUGAGCCACCAAGUCUACGAAUUCCCAAAGUCCUUAUCGUAUGUCUUUAUAGACACCUUUGAAAAGCUGUACCUCCUUGGCUUCCCUAUUCUUCUUGUCUUCGUGUCGCUUUUUCCCUUGAACUCCGCUGAAUGCCAGGAGCCGAAUUCAAGCGCAAACGCUUCUAGGUUAGAGCAGAUGGAAUUCUUACCGCUAAUGCUCACGAGCGUAUACUGCGCCUUGGGUUUGGUGUGGGGUUUUUGUCGGCUAACCUUCAUUUAUAUGAAGAACGAAUCCACAUACCAAGGGCAGUUGAAUAGGAUUUAG